GGUGGAUCCAAACACAACGCGUAUUAAACCCGCAACAUUCGAUAUCUUUAUAUUCCUGUUUAGGCGUCCCCAACGCAACCCCGACCUAUAUAUACAUUACACACUCAAUUUGUAAAAACACUUUGAAACAACACACAUCUCUCUCCGCCUCUCUCUCCCAUUUUCAGGAUUAUUGAAGAUGGGGCUGUCCUUUACCAAACUCUUUAGUCGGCUUUUUGCCAAGAAAGAGAUGCGCAUACUGAUGGUGGGUCUCGAUGCAGCUGGUAAGACAACCAUUUUAUACAAGCUCAAGCUGGGAGAGAUUGUUACAACCAUUCCAACUAUUGGAUUUAAUGUGGAGACUGUGGAAUAUAAGAACAUCAGCUUCACUGUCUGGGAUGUUGGAGGCCAGGACAAGAUCCGUCCUUUGUGGAGACAUUACUUUCAAAAUACUCAGGGCCUCAUCUUCGUGGUUGAUAGCAAUGAUCGAGAUCGUGUAGUUGAAGCCAGAGAUGAGCUGCACAGAAUGCUUAAUGAAGAUGAAUUAAGGGAUGCUGUCCUACUUGUAUUUGCCAACAAGCAAGAUCUUCCAAAUGCAAUGAAUGCUGCGGAGAUUACUGAUAAACUUGGACUUCAUUCUCUUCGGCAGCGACACUGGUACAUUCAGAGCACAUGCGCCACAUCAGGUGAAGGAUUAUACGAGGGUCUGGACUGGCUCUCGAAUAAUAUUGCAAGCAAGGCUUAGGUUGAUCAGGUUGGGAUCUUCUCUGCAUCAAGACGGGGUUCUUCAUACUCCUAUAUUUUAAUCUGUAAUGACAGUUUGAUAGAGUUUAUUGUAUUUUAUUUGUCCCGAGUGGUGUACCUUGUGCUUCAGAUCUUGUUCCGCUCUCCUUCAAGUUGACUCAUUAUGCCUAGGCGAAAUAUGUAAUGUUUGGGUAAAUUACUUAAAGUGAGCUUUAGGUAAGAAAUGGGUCAGCAAACAUUGAGUGCCUAGGAGGUACUUUUACAUUUUAUACUUGCUACUUUAAGCUAAUAUCAAGUAUUUUAUAAGCAA